AUUUUUAAUAGAAGCAGAGAAAGAACACUGGCAACUGUAGAAUUCUAAGAGAGCUUUGGAUUUUAUUUUACUAGAAUGAGAUAUGAAUCUAUGCCUCCUGAUAUGAAAAGUCUGGAAAACCUUACGUGGUUUCCAAAAAAAGACAAUGUUAACUGCUAGAACUGAGUAGUAGAUGAUGGAAGAGAAUUUCCUUAAAAAUGAAUUCAAAUAUAUCAGCAUAUGCAGUCAACUCAUUUGCUGACUUGAAGAAGUCUUCCAAACCUAUUAUUGCCUGUAAUGAAAGACUAUAUGCACUAAUCACAACAUGCAACCGUAACAGUGCUCACAGCAUCUAAAAAAUCAUGAUACAGGGAUUUUUCGAUAGACUCAGCACAUUUUUCAUUCUGAAACCUGAUUGGCUGCUCUAGAUGCUCUGGAUGAUAUAAAUUGGGGCCCAGAGUUGGAAGAAGUCAAAGGAUCAAGCAUCCCUGAGCUUCAGACAGAAACUCACUCAGAACACAUUCAAAGAACCAUCAAGAAAUGGGGACCUGGAUUUUGUUUGCCUGCCUCCUGGGAGCAGCUUUUGCUAUGCCCCUACCACCUCAUCCUGGGAGCCCUGGUUAUAUCAACUUAAGCUAUGAGGUGCUUACCCCUUUGAAGUGGUACCAGAGCAUGAUAAGGCAGCCGCAUCCCCCGAGUCACACCCUUCAGCCUCAUCACCACCUCCCCGUGGUGCCAGCUCAACAGCCAGUGGCCCCCCAGCAACCAAUGAUGCCAGUUCCUGGCCACCACUCCAUGACUCCAACCCAACACCAUCAGCCAAACAUCCCUCCAUCCGCCCAGCAGCCCUUCCAGCAGCCCUUCCAGCCCCAAGCCAUCCCACCCCAGUCUCAUCAGCCCAUGCAGCCCCAGUCACCUCUGCACCCCAUGCAGCCCCUGGCACCACAGCCACCUCUGCCUCCACUGUUCUCCAUGCAGCCCCUGUCCCCCAUUCUUCCUGAGCUGCCUCUGGAAGCUUGGCCAGCGACAGACAAGACCAAGCGGGAAGAAGUGGUGCUUAACCCUAUGAAGUGGUACCAGGGCAUGCCAAGGCAUCCGCUUAACAUGGAAACCGCAACAGAAAAAUGA